CGAAGUGGGGUAGGCUCGCCGGAAUCAACUCCAAAUCCUUACGUCUAGAAAACUGCUUGUGAUUUUCCAAAUUGAUUGAGGCUUGAUUGCUUUUGUACGUACUGAAAUUUUUAUUCUGGAUUCUGAAAUGUUAGUUUCAAUUCAGAUCUGGGUUUUGAAUUUCGGUUUCUGUAGGAUUGGAUCUCAUCGUCUGAGAUUGCAAUUUGUCUAGAAAUUGAUCUCUAUGAUUAACCACUUGUUUCAGUGCUCAGCAUUUGAAUCACGACCACAGAGUUUGAAUCUUUUGUAUUAAUUCCGUUCACCAACCCCUAAAGUUGUCGAAAUCAUUUCAUUUUUCUCGAUCCUUUGUUUGGGUUGGAUUAUGUUUUCGCUUCCUCAAAUGUAAAACGGGUUUGGAGUUUUUUCCUUUUGUGUCUCCUCUUUGCCAAAUGUGAUUACAGCCAAUAAACUGGCUAGAUGAUUUGUUUUGGAAGAUUUCAAUGAUGUAAUUACUCAUCAUAUCAAUAGAAGUUGAAUAAGGAGUAUCAAAUAUCCAAUACACAAUUCUCUGGCCAUUUUUAGAUUUCGUUUAGGUGAUACUGCAUUUGCUAAUUUGGGUAGUAGUGCUUAUGAACGAUUUAUUGCUCAGUCUCGAUGAUAUUGGCAUUCCCAUGGUAACAUUAAAUUGAUACUCCCCUUCAUUUGAUCCGAGUACUAAACAUUAGGCACAGAAUGAUGGAAUAGCUUUUAACAUGCAUGUUUUCGCAUUUGAUGGAUGUUAUCCUUUCAUCCUUUGGAUGCUAUAAUGAUUGUUUACUAACUUCAUGAGAAGUGGUUCUGGUCUAAACACAGUAUAAUGUAUUUUUGGUAGCAUGCUGGUUGCAAAAACCUUGUUAUCCAUGGAUAUUUACUCCUGCAUUCCCAUUUCUAAGGAUCGCAUUCUGUUUUUUAUCUGUCAAGAUCUCAUAAAUGGGUGCUCCUAAACAAAAAUGGACUCCUGAAGAAGAAGCAGCGCUUAAAGCUGGAGUACGUAAGCAUGGGCCGGGCAAAUGGCGUACUAUUCUCAAAGAUCCAGACUAUAGUGACAUAUUAUAUUCUCGUUCAAAUGUAGAUCUCAAGGAUAAGUGGAGAAAUAUGAAUGUGAUGUUAAAUGGAUUAGGAUCUCGAGAGAAAUCAAAAUUGACACUAAAAGGGGCACAUCGAGCCCUUACACAGGGUGAGAGCUCAUUGGCUCUUACAAAUGUUACGCAAAGUGAGGAGGAAAGUAGUGAAGGAAAGCAAAUUGAAACUUCUAGUGGUUCUCCACAUAGUGGCAGCACAAAAAGAUCUAUCAUGAGGUUGGACAAUCUUGUUAUGGAGGCUAUAACCAACUUGAGGGAGCCCGGUGGAUCUAGCAGGAAAACUAUUGCCGCAUACAUACAGGACCAAUACUGGGCACCACCAAAAUUUAAAAGGAUACUUUCUGCAAAACUGAAGUAUUUGACUGCCACUGGGAAACUUAUGAAGAUUUCCAGGAAAUAUAGGAUAGCUCAACCUUCAUCAUUGACUGAUAAUAAAAAAUAUAAUAAUCCCAUUCUACUACUAGAAGGCAGGGAGAGAAUCUCACCUAAAAAGUUUGGUUUGGAUGGUGUUAACAAUUUGGUCAAUAGAUCUCAGAUUGAUUUGGAGUUAGCCAAGAUGAGAAGCAUGACCCCUCAAGAAGCAACAGCUGCCGCUGCUGAAGCUGUUGCUGAAGCAGAAGCUGCAAUAGCAGAAGCUGAACAGGCAGCCAGGGAAGCAGAUGCUGCAGAAGCUGAUGCAGAAGCUGCACUAGCAUUUGCUGAUGCAGCAAUGAAGACAAUACAGGGGAGAAGCACCCACACACCGAUGAUGAUCCGCGUUUGAUGGAUUUUGCAAAAAUGGGAAUUCUUGGAUCACGAACACCUUUACAGAUGGCGCUGAAAAUAGAAUUCCUUCGGAUGCACUGUAAGUGGAACUCUCAGUCACAAAACAGAAACCAUUUCAGUGUAUAAAGCAGAAACUACUACUUCAGGUAACACAACAGGUUUCAGAGGCAGUAAAUCCCAUUUAGUGUUGUGAUUUUGUAUAGUGCCUUGUUGAUGGAACAUGAGAGAUGUAAAUAUGGUGCUCCAUGUCUGUGUGUGUGUGUAGUGUUAGUGUUAGAGUUCUUAUUUAGUGAAUAUCCUGACUCCUAUUUUUAGUAUGCUCAACUAGGGGUUGAACUCAAAUAUUAGGGUCUACAAACAGAACUAGAUGUAAAAUCUUAUACUGUAGUACAUAUUAUAAAGUUCUAGUUGAUGAAUCGGAAUUGGUGGUUAACAUUUUGGUGCAAAAUGACUUGAGAGCGCAAACAAGAAAGUCGGUCCCAUGAGCAUUGUCCUAGAAUCGUGCAAGUGCCCAGUAACAAUUGGGGUUCAUGAAUUUCGGAAAUCAGAUUGCUGACCACCACUGGUUGUUGUCUUGGUUUAUGCUCUCUGGGGCUUUGUU